GAGCUAUAAUGGCGCUGUACUACAUAAAAGCCCAAAAAAAAUUCAAUUAUUUCCAGCUCCGCAAGGAUGUUGUGCCCAAAACUGCUGAGAACUUUCGCGUUUUGUGUACCGGCAAGAAGGGAUACGGCUAUAAGGGCUGCACAUUCCAUCGUGUAAUACCGAAUUUCAUGUGUCAAGGUGGUGAUUUUACGAACCGUGAUGGCACUGGUGGCAAAUCCAUUUAUGGCAAUACAUUCAAAGAUGAAAACUUUAAGCUGAAGCACACCUUACCCGGUGUGUUAUCGAUGGCAAAUGCCGGACCACAUACAAAUGGCUCACAAUUCUUUAUUUGCACUGUAAAGACACCUUGGCUGGAUGGGCAGCAUGUGGUGUUUGGGCAGGUCAUUCCAGGUAUGGAAGUCGUUAAAGCCAUGGAAGCUUUAGGCUGUGCGAGCGGUGGGCCAAUGAAGAAAAUUGUCAUUGCCGAUUGUGGUGAAUUAAAAUAGUUUCGAAAAUCAAUAAUGUGAUAUAAUACAAAGUUAGUUCUACAGUGUGAUAGGUGUGAACUGAAUGUUGCACACAUACAAACAAUUAUAUGUUUGAUUAUACAGCUGCAGUGUAAUUAUAUGUUAAUAAGAGUAUUUUAUGAAUUGAAUUAAUAUUUUAUAGCAUUACUAAUUGAUUUGAAAAGUAAGUAAACUUUUAAGUGAUUAAUUAAAUGAUGUUGCAGAAAGUAAAACGUAAAUGUAUAUUGCGUAUGUAUGAGUAAUAAUUACCUCUAAGUUUAGAAAAUUUGAAGCAAAUUAAAUAAGGCUGUGUUGUUUCCCAAAGAUUAUAGUAUAAAUAUCUGUAUUAAACAAUUUAAUUCUCACCUAACCGAAUUCCCUCCGAUUUUAUACCGUAAAGCUUAUUCAUUUAACGCUUUCUACUUCGAAAUAACGAAAAGUUAGACUGGGGCUUUGGAAUGGCUAAUAAACAUAAAGUUUACACAAAGGAUGAUGUCCUAAUAGUUAAAGCGUCACCCAUUGUUGAGGAAGAGCUCGGUAAAAUUCACUCAAUAGAGUCCUAAAUUAUAUAUUAUUUGAGUCGUAGACUUGAUUCUGAAGAAAAUAACUGUUAGAACAGAAUAUUAAACUAGGAAAAAUAUAAAAAAAUUAUUACUUAUCCUUACUUAAAUAUAUUUACACAGUAAAUGUUUAACAAAAUUUUUUUACUGUUUCUUAAAUUAAUUUAUAUUUUAUUUUUAACAAUAUUUCUAUCUAAAACUGAAUUAUCCUCUAAAAAUACUGAGUUUAUAGGUAAGUUAUGAGUUAUUCUCCAGAUCUUUUGGUUUAGCAACAACAUGGUUUGCACUCGGCAAAAGAAAACCGAGAGCGCCUGCAAUAAUUAGUCCCACCGCUGGGCUAUAAAAUGCCAUCUCGCAAUGUGUUUCAAUGAGUAAACCUAAAAUGUUGGAUCCCGAGACGGUUCCAAUACGUCCGAUCAUAAGAGAUAUGCAAACGGCCAUACCUCUGAAAGAAAUUAGAAAUUAAAGAAUUUAAUACAGAUAUAAUUCGGGAAUUACUUCAAUAAAAUCCGAAGCUUACGACCUUUAGUUGUAUAUAAUCUCGGAUAUAUUGAAUACAUUUAAAACCAAAGUUCUGCAUGCAGACGAAUGAGUUUUGAGACUUUCUUUUGCUACUUACCUUAAAUUUGUUGGGAAUAUUUCGACAACAAUGGCAUUGAGCACGGAUAUGCCACAACCGCAGCAAAGCUGAAUGAUCAAGAGAUAAAUGCCCACUAGGGGAAUUUUUAUGGUAAAGGCUAAUAUGCCACAAACCCCACAAACCAAAAGAUUUAUGACUAAAAAAAAUAAAUCUUAUUAUAAAAUCAAGUUUACAUUGACGACCUAAUUGAUACUUACAAAGCAUAAGUUUACGUCCAACUCUACUAAUGAAAAACAUAAUAAUCAGCAGUAUAACCACAUAUAUAAUUUCGAAGAACAUGCUAUGCAUAUAGGUUGAUAUUUCCAAGUGCAUUUUGCACGUUUCAAUUGGACCCUGUAAAAAUGUAUGCAAAUAUUAUUAAAUUACUAAUCUUGACCCAAGGUGGAUUUAAAGAACUUACAUCUUCAUCCACGCUUGUAAGAUUUCCCGAUUGUACGAAUUUGAUAAUCUCACAAAUGCGUUUCGAUUCGGUAAACUUAUCGGUAUAUUGUGAUAUGGUAUUUAGAAUAUACGGGAACCACAUGUAUACGCCAUGAGCGCUAAAGAAUAUUAUGUACAAUAUUAGACUAGACAGAAAUGUUUUCCGUAGGUGUUCGCGCAUGAAAAGUGGCGCUGUUUGUUGCCACAUUGACUGUAUAAUGGAUACUAGGAGAUUCUUCUUUUCUAAACCUUUCACUUUGGCCAUUGGUGUGUCGGCGUCCGGCAGUAAGGUAGUAACCUACAAA